AUGGCUGGUUUCCCUCAUGUGAAAACGUGGUGGAAGUCCGCAGUCAUCUAUCAAAUCUACCCUGCAUCCUUCUGCGAUUCCAAUGGCGACGGCAUUGGUGAUAUCCCCGGUAUUGCUUCCAAGCUUGAUUAUAUCGCUAGUCUAGGUGUAGAUACAAUAUGGCUUAGCCCCGUUUACGACAGUCCGCAAGUGGACAUGGGAUACGACAUUUCAAACUAUGAAGCCAUCUAUCCUCCAUACGGGAAUGUUGAAGAUAUGGAAAAGUCCAGGAGCAGCCGAGACAACCCCAAACGGGAUUGGUAUAUCUGGCGACCAGCAAAAUACUCGCAGAGCGGCGAACGGCUGCCACCCAACAACUGGCGCUGCAGUUUCGGGGGUGGCAGCGCAUGGGAGUGGGAUGAGUCGACGAAGGAGUAUUACCUUCACCUGUGGGCUAAGGAGCAGCCAGACUUGAACUGGGACAGCGCGGAAGCCAGGAAAGCCAUCUAUGCAUCUGCCAUGGUGUUUUGGCUCGACCGCGGGGUGGACGGGUUUCGAGUUGAUACGGUCAAUAUGUACAGCAAACCGGUUGACUUCCCAGACGCCCCGGUCACCGACCCGGCAGCACCGUUCCAGCCUGCAGCCAUGCUAUACUGUAAUGGACCAAGGAUGCAUGAGUACAUCAGCGAGAUGAAUGACGUUUUGACACGGUACGGAGCGAUCACAGUGGGUGAGCUUCUCGACACCCCCGAUGUGGCAAGGAUAUUGCCGUAUGUGAGCGCUGCGGCUCGACAGCUCAGCAUGGUCUUCCAGUUUGACGCGGUCGAGUUUAAAGAGGCCAUUGGCAAGGCACAAAGUCUUAUCCAGGGAACUGACGCCUGGACAACUGCUUUCCUGGAAAACCACGACCUUUCGCGAUCAGUCUCAAGGCUCACGGAUGACCACCCUACCCGUCGGGAAGCGGGAGCGAAAAUGCUAGCUGUUCUUCAGACUUGUCUUAGCGGAACCCAGUACAUAUAUCAAGGGCAGGAAAUUGGUGCAGUCAACUCCUCAAAGGAGACAUACCCAUUGGAGAACUACCUGGACAUCAGUAGCCGUCUCUUUAUCGACAUGAUCAGGGAACGCCGCGGGGAGAAUAACGAGGCUGAGCUCGACAGAGGAUUCACAGCACUACAACAUCUGGCCCGUGAUCAUUCACGGAUACCCAUGGCAUGGAACGGUGCCGCCAAGUAUGGCGGAUUUUCUGAUGAAGCUGAACGGGCUGGCUUGGAUGUCAAAGAGCCUUGGAUGAAGCCCCAUCCAUUAUCACACGAAAUCAACGUUGCGGCGCAAAUAAAGAACACAGAUAGUGUGUUUGGCUUUUGGCGCAAGAUGUUGCUAUUUAGGAAGCAGCAUGAGGAUAUCCUGGUGUAUGGAGACUACCUAUGUCUUGAAAAAGAUGACGUUGAUAUCUACAUUUUCAUCAAGCAGGCGCAGGAUCGGAAAAGAAGGAUGAUGGUUGUUCUUAACUUCACCUCGGAGGAGAAACCCUGGGUCGUUCCAACAUCUACAAUGCUCCUCACUAAUGGCCAGACUCCAAAACUUAUUCUUACAACACAUGAGAGUAAGGAGAGUUUUGAAACCUUAGCCCCAUUUGAAGGCAGGGUCUAUAUCAUGCCAAACAAUGUUCUGCAGUCUAAUCUAUAG